AUAAGAAAAAUUAUGGCGCUGGAACUGUAUUUUGCUUGCAAUUAAUGUAUGAAUAUCUGUUUCAAAAAUGAUAAAUCAAUGUGCUUUUUUGUGCAGCUAAAUUAAAUAUGAUUUCCAUGAGUUUAUUUUUGUCAUUUGUGCUGAUUUACAAAUGUGUGUUUCCCUACAGGACUGAGCAGUUGUUAAUGAAGAGAUGGACAGAGAAUAUGAUUCUUUUCUGCUUUCUUUUACAAGGUAGCCCAAAAAUCUCCUUCAGCUGUUUCAGAACUGAUGUAGCUGAAUUUACCCACAGUGGUCAGAAGAGAGAGACACUGCAAACCAUCAACAGGAUGUUGGGUGCCCAAGGCUGAUUGAUGCACAUGGGCAACAAAGGCUAUCCCAUCUGAUCUGAGCUAUGAUGGUUAUGAGUUAAAUGUGUCACAACAGUGCAUUGCACUUUGUUAAUAUGGGCCCACAUAGCCGCCUAUGAUGACCCCCUGUCCACCUUUGGAAGCACCUACAAUGGGCACAUGAGCAUCAGAACUGGAUGAUGGAGCAGUGGAACAAGGUUGGCAGAUCAGAUGAGUCACAUUUUAUUUUACAUCACAUGGUCAGCUUUCUAUGUGUGUGCCAUAUUCCUAGGGAAGUGAUGGCAACAUGAUGGACUGUGGGACCACGACAAACCAGUGGAGCAAGUGUGAUGCUGGGAAACCCUGGGUCCAGCCAUUAACACGAUACCAACCGAAAUAAUUACAGACCAGGUGCGCCCCUUCAUGGCAGUGGUGUUCCCUGGUGGAAGUGACCUCUUUCAGCAGGAUAAUCCACACUGCGCACAUGGUUCAGGAAUGGUUUGAGGAACAAGACGAAUAGUGCAAGAUGUUGCUUUGGUCUCCAAAUUCCCAAGAUUUCAAUCUGAUUGAGUGUAUUUGGGAUGUGCUGGACCAACAAAUUCAAUCCACAGUGGCUCUUGCAACCUACAGGCCUUGAACGAUCUGCUGCUAAUAUAUUGGUGAUACCACAGGACAGAUUCAGAGGUCUCAGCACUGUUUUGGCAGCAUGUGGAGGACCAACAGCAUAUUAGGCAGCAUAGUUUCACUCCGUGUCAGAUCAUCAGCACAGAACUUGGUGUCUUUCUGCGCUGGAUAGAGUUUUGUCUGAUUUACCAGUAUGUUUCCAUACAGAUCUGACUGUUAAGAAGAAAUGGACACUGCGGAGAAGAUCAUUUUUUUCUGUUUUCUUUUACAAGGUGUUUGCUGUAGAGAUUUCAGCAUCAGUCUGCCUGAGAAGAUUGAACCUCUCAGUGGAUCCUGUGUGAUCAUAAACUGCAGAUUUGAGAUUAAUGAAACAUAUGAUAAAGACCUCACUGCGACAGCCACAGGACUGUGGUUAAAAAAUGGGACUGAUGUGAACAAAAAUCUAGUGUUCAGCUCAACAUCAAGCCAGAACUCCUUCAUUAGAGGGAAUAUAACUGGAAAAUUAAAAGACAGGAACUGUACCACUGUUUUUUAUGAAGUCAGAUCAAUUCAAAGUGGUCAGUAUUACUUCAGGAUUGAGGGUAAAGGUGGACUGAAAUGGACCUAUGCAAAAACCAGUGUUUCAAUACAUGUGAUUGAGUCUCCUCCCAAACCCAGAGUGCAGCUGUAUGUGGAGCAGAAGGAGGUGAAGGAUCAGGAGGAGGUGUUAGAGGGGAGGUCUGUGAGUCUGCGCUGCUCUGCUGAGACUCUCUGCUCCUCUCCUCCACCAACUCUCACAUGGAGCUCCACUCCCAGAAUCCCCCUCAGUGAGAGCAGCAGACUACAGGAGCUCAUCUCUGAUCUGAACUUCACUGCUACUCACCGUCAGCACAGAGUCACUUUCACCUGCACUAUAACCUACCAGCUACAGGACAAGAACAAAACAGCACAGAACAACAUCACAUUACAUGUUCAGCAUGCCCCUAAAAUCUCAAACUUAUCCAGCUGUAGCCAAACUGAUGCAACUGUGUGUUUCUGUGAGGUUGAUGGGAAUCCCUCUCCUGAACUGAGGUGGCAUCUGUCUGGACGUCCUGUCACUAACUCUUCAAACACGUUGAUCAGUGAAGAGCGAUUGAGCAGCACAGGCUUGAGGAGCUUCAUCACUCUACAUCAGUCUCUCACAAACACAUCCACUCUGCAGUGUGUCAGCAACAACACUCAUGGAACUGCAAGUCAACUGUUUCUGCUGUUUCCCUGUGUCACAAGUUUGAAACUUUUGUCUGUGCUUAUUGAAGUUGCAGUUGGUGCUUUGGUGGUCAUGAUGAUGUGUGUCAUUACAUACACAUGUGUACGAAAAGAGAAGUGUCUGCAGACUAGAAGUGUAGGUGCUACAAGAAACUUUUCAACCAAUGAAUCCACUGCACAGGAGAAUGAAGGGGAGCCUGUUUAUUCUAAUAACGCCAUGAUGUCAUCUGCUGGAGCCACCACAGUCAAACCAGAAUCCAUCAUUUAUUCCUCCAUUGUCUUCAAAAACACUCAACCACGAGAGGUCGUGAGCAUCUCCUCACUUCAUGCUGACUAUGCUGUGGUCCAGGAUUGUUCUGAAGACCUAGCAAAGACCAAGAGCUCAAUAGGAGAGUCUUCAAGAGCAAGAGAAGCACAGAUGAUUGUAAGUGCAGAUGUGCUUAACAAACAAACAGAGUCAAAGCAAUCAGAGGAAGAGCUGUUUGUAGGCUCCUCUCAGCUUUACGCAAAGGUUAAACAUCGUAACCCUUAAAAAACCUUGGCAAGGGCAUCAUUUUGGAGAGUAAAAAGAUGGUAUUCUUUAAAGUGUCAUUUGUGGAGUGUCAUACAUAAAUAUGGCAAUCAUUUUGUGUCAUAGCUUUUUCUUUUCUUUCUUUUUCGUUCUUUUGAUAUCUAUAUAUGUUUAGAUAUUAUAUAGGUAAUAUUAUAAAAUAAUUUCAACUCAGUAUUCAAAUUAAUAUUUAGUCCUGGUAUGUAGUAUGUGGCUGUUUGGCUCACUCUUUACUUUACAUAUUGCUGUGUAAUCUCUUUCUAUGGCUACAGUCAAACUUUGUAUAUUUUCAAAGAGAAAGUUUGGUGAAAAUCACUAAAUAAAUAAAUAUUAGAUGUUAUUUGAA